AUGGGAAUGGAUGGGAAAGAAGUCCUGCAGGACCAGGGCUUGAAAGGAAGGAUUCGAUACAGACAUAGCUUUAAACUAAGUGCAUUUGAAGAUGAGAUUAAGGACUUCUUCCGGAAGGCAUCAGAAAAAGAGAUUGAAUGUGUAAAAGAAAAGCAUUAUGGAGGCUUUGCCCGCGGCGGGGUGGUGACUGAUGGUCCCGGGCUCUCCCCCCACGCGAGCUUCCCUCUGAGGCCCCCACAGCAACCUCAGACCCCCACGCGUUCAGCGGUCCCUCGAGCCAUCCCCUGCAGUGCUGGGAAGGCGUUCACCAAUCCCAAACCCUUCCGUUGGCCGGCUCCCGCUGUCUGGGCACCUCCAGGGAGGGGAGCUGUCCCGCGCGCGCCUUUCCCUGCGGGCGCGAGAACUCGGGCGCCGGGUGCCCGGCGGCGGCCGGCGGUCCAGGGCGAAACCGGGCGGGGCGGCGGCGCGGGUCCGAGCGCCCGAGGCGCCGGCGGAGCACGUGACCACGCCGCGCGGGGCCGGGCGCGCAGUGCCGCGCGGUGGCGGCGGCGGGGAGAGCAAUGGAGGCCGCGGCCGCCUGAGGGGCGGGUGCGCUGCUGGUGCUGCUGCGGAGGCUGCCGGUGCUGCGGGGCAGCCGCUGGCUGGGUCGCGUCCGCCGCCCGCGCGGGACCGCCGGUCGCCGUCCAAUCGCUCUGCCAGCCACGGAGCCAGGCGGGGACUCAGGCGUUCUUGAGAUGGUUUUCCUGGUCCUGUAACCGUCAUUUCUUGCAGAGCUCUGUAGUGGUGAGAUUGGACCUCCUAACCCUACGGAUACGACAGUAUUGCAGAAUGGCACUUUGAGCCUCUUUCUUCCUCCAUCAUCUUCACCCCUACACCAGGUGGGACUGGUUUAUUUGCCUGGUAUCCCAUAGACAUUUCAUACACAGUGGAUCUAAAGAGAAACUUAGGAGCUGCUCAUCUGUGUGUGCUCAUUCUGUUCCAGAAUUCAUUAAUGGCUUGCCAUCCACGCCCUUCCUCAAAUGACAGGUAUCCAGCUGUUGCCCUUCCUUUCUUCCACCUUCCUGUAGCUAUCUCCACUUUAAUCUCUGAUUUUCACUGCCACCAGUCAUUUAUCUGAGGUAUUCUGAUUUCAAGAUUUUGUGGUAAAAUUAAUUAAGUAGAUCUCUUGGAGAUGAAACAACUCAAUAUGAAGAGACUGCUUGGAUAUGAAGAAAAAGUCCAUGCCAAAUGAACUUCCACUGGUUAUAUAUUUAAUUUGUUUUAAUAUUUAUUUAUAUUUGAGAGUGAGAGAGACAGAGCGCGAGAGGCCGAGGGGCAGAGAGAGGGAGACACAGAAUUCGAAGCA